GCAGGGCGAGGCCGGUUCCGCGGCUCUAACGGAAACCGGGUCGAACCUUCCGAAAGAUCCUUUUUUGACCAGACUACCCCUGGCCUCCUGUGCGAGAGCCGCCAACCGCCCGAGGGCUCUUCCCGUCAUUUCACGGGGGCAGUUCGUAUUUCCGCGUUGCCGGUUCCGCAAGUUCCAAAACCAGCCAGCCUGCGUCCGCCGAUUUUCCCCGUCCAUUUCUCCGCGCCGCGAGAGCUCUUUUUCCGGGAGAAAUCACGCGCAGGUCGGAGAAAGCAAGGUUCGGCGAUGGAGUGCAGGCCGCUAGGGUUCCUGCUGGGCCUUCCCUUCGCGCUGGUCGCUCUGGUCCUGUCCCUCGUCGGAGCCGUCGUCUGGCUCAUCGGGUCGAUAUUGAGUUGCCUGUGCCCGUGCUGCAUCUGUUUCGCCUGGCUGGCGAACCUGGCGGUGGAUCUGGUGAUGCUCCCGGUCAAAGUGCUCAGUUGGUUCACCGACCAGAUUCCUUGCUGAUCAUUCAUUCCGAUCUCUCUGUGUUCAUAUUCUUCUUCUUCUUCUCUUUGUUUUAAAUUGUUUAUUCAUUUCUUCUUCUUCUUCUUCUUCUUCCAGUAUUUUGAUGUUUUAGAUGUUUCCCCACAUUCAUUGAGGUGGUGAACAGCAGUUUCGGGAUGAUGAAUUGGAGUUCCGAAUAUGUAUGAACGCAAAGUAUUUUAGUGCCUGCCUGCCUGCCUUAGCAAAUUGUGGAACGAGUCGACCGAGCGAUUAGUUCGCAUACCACGAAAUCUCUCUUGUUUGGAGCAUUUGUCAAUUCGAUUUGUUAAUACGAAGCUUUCUCUCUUGAUUAGCAAAAAA